UAAUGAAUACGCUUCUGAAGAGAAUUCUCCUUACAUCUGGUGGUGCAAGAAAACUGAAAUUCUACUCAUUGAUGUCGACGAACACGGCCACGGAAGAAAUGUUGAAUGUCUCAGUUCCGGAGCCUUCCUCACCAUGCCAAACGGAUGACGGAAGCUGCAUCUACACUCAAGGUUCCAUUCCCGACGUGGCACGGGACAUUAUUUCUAAGCGGCAUACAGAGGACGAUGCGUUCUUUGUGUGCGACCUGCGGGACAUAACCAGGAAGGUCAUCCUUUGGAAGGAAUGUCUCCCAAGGAUCGAGCCCUUUUACGCAAUCAAGUCCUGUAGAGACCCUGUGGCAUUGAACGCCCUCAACAAUCUUGGCAUCAGCUUCGACUGCGCAAACAAGGUAUGCAGGAACGAAAAUGACGACCCUCCCGUUGGUUCAAUUGAGAUCAAGUACAAUGAGAUGUUUCAUGAACCAAGGCUAGAAUUGUGGUUGUGA